AUGAGCAGCCCCACCAGGUUGCCCGCCAUGAGCAGCCCCACCAGGUUGCCCGCCAUGAGCAGCCCCACCAGGUUGCCCGCCAUGAGCAGCACCUCCACCACCAUAAGGCACAUCAACUCCCCCGCUGUCUUCCUCGCCAUUCCCAUCAUCGUCAGCAUCACCAUCGCUAGCAGCAUCGUCCUCGUCCCCCUCCCCCUCCCCCUCGCCAUCCCCCUCCGCAUCCGCAUGCCCAUCACCAUCACAACCCCCAUCGCCCUUCCCGUGCCCAUCUGGGUCAUCCUCAGCUGCUCUGAGGGCCGCCUCCCUCUCCUCUAUGGCUGUCAACCCUGCGCGAAUGUCACUCUGAAUCUCGCUGCGCAGCGCUGCGGAGAAGGAUGGAGGGCGGGCAGGAGAGAGGAAGAGAAGGGGGUAUGGUUUCGUGUGCUCGCCGGGGGGAGGAAACGCGGAAGCAAAGGAGCGGGGGCAAAAGGGAGGGACGGAGGGACGGAGGGAGGGAGGGAGGGAGGGAGGGGGGGAGGGACGGAGGGAGGGAAGGAGGGAGGGAGGGAGGGAGGGAGGGAGGGAGGGAGGGAGGGAGGGAGGGGGGGGGGCAGAGAGAGGGAGGGAGAGGAGGGAGAGGAGGGAGAGGAGGGAGAGGAGGGAGAGGAGGGUGUGGAGGGAGAGGAGGGAGGGGAGGGAGAGGAGGGAGAGGAGGGAGAGGAGGGAGAGGAGGGAGAGGAGGGAGAGGAGGGAGAGGGGGGAGGGAGCAAGGGCGCAAAAGGAUAG